ACAUCGGUCGCUUCUUUAUUAGCCGUCUUAACAAUACUCGUCCUCCAACCGAGCGCCAUAAUCCGCGUUCUGAAGCUCGCCUUCUUUUGUUCUCUACAUCCCUUUCAAUACACUUCUGACCUCUCUGUGAAGCUCUCAGUGGAAAUUCUCCGUUACGAACAGAAAUGGGACUGACCUUCGCAAAACUCUUCAGUCGGCUGUUUGCUAAAAAGGAGAUGAGAAUUCUGAUGGUUGGUCUUGAUGCUGCUGGUAAGACGACCAUUCUCUAUAAACUCAAGCUUGGAGAGAUUGUCACAACUAUUCCUACCAUCGGAUUUAACGUGGAGACUGUGGAAUACAAGAACAUCAGCUUCACUGUUUGGGAUGUCGGUGGUCAGGACAAAAUUCGUCCAUUGUGGAGGCACUACUUCCAAAACACUCAAGGUCUUAUAUUUGUGGUGGACAGUAACGAUAGAGACCGUGUUGUUGAGGCAAGGGACGAAUUGCAUAGAAUGCUGAAUGAGGAUGAGCUUCGAGAUGCGGUAUUACUUGUGUUUGCUAACAAACAAGAUCUCCCCAAUGCAAUGAACGCCGCUGAGAUUACUGAUAAGCUUGGUCUUCACUCGCUUCGGCAGCGCCAUUGGUAUAUCCAGAGCACUUGUGCAACCUCCGGUGAAGGGCUUUAUGAGGGAUUAGAUUGGCUCUCAAACAACAUUGCUAACAAGGCAUAAAGCUGAUAAAGAGUUAGUAUUUGACUUGAACUUUGAAGGUGACCAAUAUCAGCUCCUAAUAGAUGCUGGGAGAACUACAAUGGGUAAUGUUCUCAUAGAUUUUACCCCUACCAAAAUAUCUUCCAAAUUAUUACUUUCAAACAAUGCAAAACACUGGAUCACAAUUUGUACUUGCG